AUGACAGAGAAUCCAAACAGAUUUGGUCACGGUCCUUCACUUCACAUAUUUGAACUUAAAAAUGAUAAUGUCACUAGUCAACAAGCAUUUAAAAGAAAUGACACUGAUGAUUCCGUUCCUCCUCUUUGUGUCUCUGAAGACACUUCAAAGUUUCAUUACACUUUUAAAGGUGGUUUAAGAUCAGCAAUUCGCGUGGCGCGUGUUGUGAAAGAGAUAGUUGGAUUGGAUAAUAAUUCUAAUGUUAGGUGGUAUGUGUUUGGUGAUGAUGACACAAUUUUCUUUCCGGAGAAUCUUGCUAAGACUCUUUCUAAAUAUCAUCAUAAGCUUUGGUACUAUGUUGGUGCUUAUUCUGAGAAUUAUGAAGGGUCUUAUGUUGUUGGUUUUAGAAUGGCUUUUGGUGGAGGUGGUUUUGCUAUAAGUGCUUCUUUGGCAAAUGUUUUGUAUAAAGUUUUUGAUUCUUGUAUUGAGAGAUAUUCUCAUCUUUAUGGAAGUGAUGCUAGGGUGUUCUCCUGCAUAGCUGAACUUGGUGUUGGAUUAACUUAUGAACCUGGUUUUCAUCAGGUUGAUUUAAGCGGAAAUAUCUUCGGUUUAUUGGCUGCACAUCCAUUAAGUCUCUUGUUAUCCUUACAUCAUCCCGAACUCGUUGAACCAAUCUUUUCUCAAAUGACAGUUUCAAAUUCACUGCAACAUUUAUUUGAAGCUGCAAAUGUUGAUUCACAGAGGAUCGUACAACAAACAGUUUGUUACGAUAAACAAUUUUUGCGGACGAUUUCAGUAUCAUGGGACUACGCUGUUCAAAUAUUCCAAAACAAUCAACUUUUACCGGAUGUUCUUAGAGUUCGAGAAACAUUUAAACCAUGCGAAAGACCUUGCAAUUAUACGAAAUCUUUUCUAGAUUGUUCCAACAAUAACACAUCAUUGAAGAAUCUGGAGGUGGUAAAAGUUAUCACAAAAAAGUUAGACCUUGACACCAAACAGUUGCAGAGUCCAAGAAGACAGUGUUGUGAUGUGCACUCAAACUCUAGUCAACUCUUGGAAAUUGCAAUUCGAGAGUGCAAAUAUGAAGAAUUGAUUUAUAUGCAUUGAUAGCACAAAUCUAUGUAUAUUAAAUUUGUUUCAAUGUGAAUAAGCAAAUUAUGAUAAACCGUUGCUAGAAGUCAUUCAUAUGGUAGAAGUUGGUAGAAGUACUUAUCGGAGUUAUAAUAAUGACUUUUUGUUUCCUCUUCUGUUCAACCCAACCUUGAUGACUUUCUAAGUAUACACUAC